AAAUUUGUGGUGUGCGCGUAAUGUCAUAAUCCAAACAAGAAAUUAUUUUCCAAUUCCAUUAUACCCUGGGCACAGUUAAAUAAGUUGAAUUAAGAUCACUGUUUUUACCGUUGAAAUAAACACCAAAUAACAUCAUGGACUCUCCAACGGACGAGAAUGGUAUAAGCACAUUUGAAAAUGGAAAUAAAUCGUACAGCAAUAACAAGCCAGUCAAAACGGAGGAGAAGCAAGGCAAUUGUUAUUGUGGCAAAGAUCGGAACAUGAACAUUCUGGAAUUGCUUUGUGUGACAUGCAACCGUUGGUUUCACGAAUCUUGCAUCGGCUUCCAGUUGGGAAAAUUGAUCCCAUUUUCCACCAAUUACAUUUUUGUUUGCAAAAAUUGCUCACCGACUGGAUUGGAAAGUUUUCGGAAGACACAAGCCACAAUAUCUCAAAUGUGCACAACUGCCAUUGCCAAUUUGCAGCAAACGGCCGCUAAAGAGGGAAAAGCCAAGCUAAUGUUCAGCAAGGACAUGGAUAUCAUACCGUUCAUCGAUCAAUAUUGGGAGGCGAUGACAACAAUGCCGCGACGAGUUACCCAGUCAUGGUAUCUGACCGUGCAGCGAACGCUAGUCAAAGAUAUACACACAACGUUUUCGUACGAAGAAACUGCUGACAAGGGUCAGAUGUACGGUUUGAUUUCGUUGGACUUAACACAAAUAAAACCAAAUUACGAUGCAAUGGUCAAGGGUGGAACGUUACGGAUCAGUGACGAUGGAUAUGCACAGGCCAGCCUUUCAAAAGGAGGUCGACACAACAAACGAAAACUGCCCGGUGGCGAUUCGGGACCAGCUGGUAAAAAAGGUCGACCUGCCGGCGAUAUAUCGUCCAAUGUCAAACUGCCAGCUCAUGGUUACCCAUUGGAACAUCCAUUCAACAAAGAUGGCUAUCGAUACAUUUUAGCCGAACCGGAUCCGCAUGCACCGUUUCGACAGGAGUUCGACGAAUCGGCUGAUUGGGCCGGAAAGCCAAUACCAGGAUGGUUGUAUCGAGCCCUGUCACCGAAUUCCGUACUGCUGGCUCUGCACGAUCGAGCGUCACAGUUGAAAAUUUCCGAAGAUCGAUUGGCUGUCACAGGUGACAAAGGUUAUUGCAUGGUCAGAGCAUCGCAUUUUGUAACCAGAGGUUCAUGGUACUUUGAAGUGACAAUUGAAGAGAUGCCGGAAGGUGCAGCUACUCGCUUAGGUUGGGGACAAGAAUAUGCCAAUUUACAAGCUCCACUGGGUUACGAUAAAUUUGGAUAUUCGUGGCGAUCUCUCAAAGGAACAAAAUUCCAUGAAUCCAACGGUAAAUCAUAUAGUGGCGGUUAUGGUGAAGGGGACACGUUGGGUUUCCUAAUUGUAUUACCCCAAACAUCCCAGAACAUCAAUUAUAUGCCGAAUACAUUUAAAGAUCGGCCGUUGGUGAAAUUCAAAAGUCAUUUGUACUACGAAGAUAAAGAUCGUGUCAGCGAAACGUUGAAAAAUCUUACUCCAGUCAAAGGAAGCAAAAUAAUUUUCUUCAAAAAUGGUGAAUCUCAAGGCGAAGCCUUCGUGGACAUAUACCAUGGCGCCUACUAUCCGGCCAUAUCAGUAUUCAAAAAUGCUACGGUUAGUGUCAACUUUGGCCCGACAUCAACAUUUAAGUAUCCGGAAAUCGAAGAACAAUACCAGUGUCGAGCGAUGCACGAUCGUGUUGAAGAUUUAAUUUGCGAGCAAUCGUUAGCUGACAUGAUGUACUUCACCGAAAACGAUGGCAAACUGAGACUGGACAAUUUCAGUUUAUGAGAUUAGUGUACCUUUUUUGUUCGUUCAUUUAUCCGCUUCUGUUCACGAAAAAUCAAAUUUU